ACUGCGCGUGCGCGUCUGGACUCGGCCAUAUUGGUCUCCUUUCUUUUUUUUUUUUUUCCUUUUUUUUUUUUUUCGCCCGUGUGACGCCGGAUUUCGCUCUCUGUGCUGGGAACGUCCGAACCGGGCCACGUACAGAGCCGCUCAUCCUUCUGAACCAGAGCGGGAAGCUCCCAGGGUAAGACUAGCGCUCGCAGCUAUAUCGGCCUCUGCUCCCCCCGGGGCCGCCUGUUAGCAGUGCCGGAGCGGGGCUGCUCGUACUAGGCCUGAAGCGCGGCCCGAGUCCUCGGCUCCUGCGGGCUGCCCGCCUCGGCCCUCACAGCGGCCUCCUCGGAGGGGGAUACCGGCCGGCACCGUGUUACACCGCGGAUGGUGCGGCCGCUCCCUCCCCCACACACCGUGCGGGCGGCUGGGCUCCGGCCUAGCCUCGUGCGCCGCACUCCCUUUGUGUGAGAGAGAGAAUGUGAGUGAGUGAGUGAGUGUCGGAGGGGGUUUGGUUUUUCUUCCCGGCCGGUAUCGCCUGAGCCCCGCUGUACUCCCGGUACCAUGCCUGCCUUCCUCCCGCUGUGAUAGCGGCCCGGGCUGCGGGUAUAGCGGUGAUUCCUCGCUCCAUCUACAAACAGUAACGGAAUUCCCGCCUUGCAGGUUAUCGGCGAUACUGGCCGGGGUGCAGGGAGCGCGGGAAACCGUGUUAGGCCGGUAUUAGGGGGGCUCUGUGGGUCGGUGGGGGCUCUGUCGGUAUUUGGGCUCUGUCGGUCCCUGUCGGUCGGUAUUUGGGGGCCCUGUCGGUCGGUAUUUGGGGGUCUCUGUCAAGGUUUCUGGGGGGCCUGUCGGUCGGUGACGUGCGGGGAAGGGCGAGGUCGGUCGGUAUUGGGGUGGCCUGUCGGUCGGUAAUUUGGGGGCUCUGUCGGUCGGCGACGUGCGGGGAAGGGCGACUUUACCCUGUGUGUCGGUGCCGUGCGGGGAAGGGCGGCUUUGGGGGGGCUCUGGGUCGGUAUUUGGGCUCUGUCGGUCGGUAUUUGGGGGCUCUGUCGGUCGGUGACGCGGGAAGGCGACUUUGGGGCUCUGUGUAGUCGGUGCCGCCGGGGAAGGGCGGCUUUGGGUGGGGGGGGGCUCUGUGGGUCGGUAUUAGGGCACUGUUUACUAUAGUUGCUGAUAAUUUGAGGUCUCACUGUGUUUUGGUCCUAACGGCAAUCACAUGGUAUUCCUUAUGAAAGAUUAUAGUACGGUGUAACCAUGUCAGGUCCGGGCGAUAACUAAUAUACAGCAAAACAUCAACUCGCAUGUCUGCUGCAUGCAUUGCUAAGCCAUCCUUCCCUCCACUCGAUAUUGUCUCAUUCGUUUGUGUGUUAUCUCACAGUAAUGUUUACUGUGUCUGUAUCUAGUAAGGCUAGGGGCAAUGGGGGGUAGGGGGGUUAAAUGCAAAAUAAGAAUAAAUCGCUGUGUAAAAUAGAAAGUGUCCAUUUAUAGCACUUUGCACUCACAAGAACACCUGACUUGUCUUGAUAAUAUUGUUUUUCAGUGUUGCAUCCAAGUGAAUACUGUUAGUGUAAAAAAAAAAAAUUAAUUUGGGGAAAUAUUCUGUAAUUGGAGUAGACAUCAGGGAAACAAUGUGAUCUCUAUACUUAUUGUUCCCACUUUGUCCCUAUCUUUCAUUAUAUACAUAACUUCCUUAUUCCCAGUGUGCUUGUGGUUGCUUUUUGUAAUUCUCAGCUAUUUGAGGGCCAAGAUAAUUCUAUGUGUUCACCCAGAUUUUGGAAAUACUUGAUUAGGUUGAUUUUUUUUUUUGAUUUUUUUUGUGUGCACUUAACUGUUCUAAACCUUGAAGUUAAUAUGCAUAGUAACAUUUAUUAUACUGACUAUAAUAGGCAAAAAGUAUGCAUAUGCAAUAAGUUAACAGUGCUGGGUAUUUUAUAUAGGAUACGUUGGGCCUUCUAUUAGUAUUUUAUCACAAAGAUAGUGGUUAUGUUUAAACUUUUUUGUAUUCCACUUUUUUUUUUUUUGCACGUGUUCUUUUUAGUAUUUACAUUGUAUGCUUGAUGUGUCCUGCUGUAGUAAGAAAGUUUGGUAUCCUCCGUUUGACUACCACAGUACCCCAAUAAAUGCCAUUGCUAGGUUUUCAUAAAGCUAUGGUCAAGUUAGGUAUAUAUCUAUUUGUUUUUGUUUUUUUAGCUGACAGAUUGUGAUAUACAUUUGAUGGAGUAGAUGGCUGUGGAUUAAAAUAUCCUCAAUGCCAAAAUUCUGCCUGAUCAUAGGAAUAAUGAUGGCAGUCACCUAAACAAAGUGAGUGUCUCAUACCCACAAUUUAUUAGUUUUAUUCAAUUUACAUGCAUCCAGCCUCCCUACCUUUGGAACAGCUGGAUUGGAUAAUCUUUUCCUGGAGUCCAGUUGGGCUGCAAGCAUCUUCAAACUCUAUGUGCGCCAUUCAGUGAUGCAGGGGACGGAGUGAAGUCAUAUUCCAGCUCAUGGAAUCACUGCAGAGCAGGAAGAUUACAGCUCCCUUGCUGCCUUUAUUCUUUACAGCUGCCUACCCACCUCUAUUUUCCCUCAGCCAACCGUCCACCUCAAAGGGAAUGGGCUAACAUACCCAGGUGCCCUAGUCAUCAUGGCGACUUGACACUUGGGAUUUGUUGAGGCCUUAUAUUAGUAUUUUACUUUAAAAGUAUUUAUAUUUCAAUUAUUCAAUGAAGACUUUUUAAAAUUAUUCUGCGUAACCAGUAAAAUGUCUGAUAUGACACUUCUUUAAAGGGACACUAUAGUCACCCAGACAACUUCAGCUCAUUGAAGUGGUCACUGAUCCUGGAUGUCAUAACGCUCUGCGUGAGGACAUCCAGCUUCAGAGAAAUUCCUAUAGGAAUGCACUGAAACAGUGCUUUCCUAUGCGGGCACCUAAUGCUCUUGCAUCAAUUGGGUGAGUAAAAAAAGGGGUUUUAACUCUUUACAUCCUGAGGGGAGGGACCAGAGGAUAAAAUAGUGUAAGGAAUACUACUUUGUAUUCCUUACACUAUGGAAUCCCUUUAAUAUAUAGUUGAACCCACAUGUUGGGAAUUAUUGGAUGCUGUGUAAGUUCCUGUGUUGGUCACAAACAUUACUCUCCAUUGGAAACCUCCUAAGUAGUAGUGUAAGAAUUCAAACUUUCAGCAUAAUAAAGAAACAAGGAGUGUUGUCCAUGAUAAAUUGUUCUCUUGCCACACUUACUGCUAAAUUAUGCAAAAUAGGCAGCCAAUGUUUGCUUAUAUUGGAACACCUUUACAUUUGUGGUUCAAGAUUACUGUGGUAAUUAAGUGGCUUCGUUACAGCUCUAGUUUAUGUAGAUUCUUGCACGUGUGCGAUACUACCAUGGCAUGAACUUUCUCUUAAAAUAAGCUGAUGGGCAACAUUGGUACCUUUGCAUGUGUUUGUAUUAGAAAAUAGUGAGCAUGCAUAUGUGUUCUCUACUUCAAAUGAAUGAGAGGUCAGUCACUGCUGUGAGAACCAGCCAGUCCCUCAGUGAUGUAGAGGAAGGAAAAGGCAGCGUAGAUUAAUGCAACACUGAGAUUCAUAGAUACUCUUAACUCUGAUUGUGGCAAACAAUAUACGAGUUGCUUGAACCAUAAAUACUGAGAUAAUCAUAGAAAAGCAAUAAAACGAAAAAUUAAGACUCAAACAAUAGCUAAAAACUCAUGACCAACUAUGAGCCUUCAAAAACAAAUUCCUGACUUUAGCUUAUCCUUAUACCAAUGCAUCUCUAUGGGCAAUAUUUGGUGCCAUGUCAAGUGACCAGCUUCUCUUGAUGUGCCCUCCAAGGUUAUGCUUCCUUAUUCUUGGGUUUAACACUGAAUUGAGUGCAGUGCCAGGGGAUGUCAGGUACUAUAACUAUUUCAACUAGUUCAAGGAGUAUAAAUAUUUUCAAGGAGGUUAAAUGGUUGUAGUGUCUACAGUGUCAAUUUAAACUACUCUCAAUUGCAUCCCUAAUCUUCACACUCAGAACUAGUCAACAGCAUGCACAUGUGUAGCCAAUCAUUCUUGCAAACAUUUCUAUAUACAGCAGUCUCUGCUGUAGGAGAACUCCUACUCUGGUCAAGUAGAUUUUUUUUUUUUGUCUUUCCAACAUUGACACAUUUUCUUAACCAGGUGCCUUUAUUGUAAUGCAAACAAUGCUGAUCGUGAUUGUUUUCAUUGUAAUACAAUUUAAGAUUUAAAAUAUUAUGUAUAUAUGCUUACAGAGAUUUACAUAUGAUGUAACUUUUUACGGCUUUAAUUGGAAGUUUUAAACAUGCAUUUUAAAGUAGUGGUUUUCUUUUUGACAUUUGCUCAAUAGGUAUUAAAAUAAUAAAACAUGUCUAACGGUUAUGAAGAUCACAUGGAUGAUGUGUGCAGGGAUGACAUUGGCAGAACCAACUUGAUUGUGAAUUAUCUUCCUCAAAACAUGACACAGGAUGAGUUACGCAGCCUCUUCAGUAGUAUUGGUGAGGUUGAAUCUGCAAAACUUAUACGUGAUAAAGUUGCAGGUAAGCAGAUAGGUGAGUUGACCUUUUUAUCUUCCAUUUUUUCAUCUUGUGUUUUUAUGUAUUUGCGUUUUGCCUAGUGUGAACUGUAAGCAUUAGCUCUUCAUUGGUGUCUUGUAUUUAUUGAAUAUUUUCUCACGGUUUACUUUGUAAUCUUAUUUACCAUGUGUUCAAUUAAGCUUAUACUUUCAACAUAUUUUGACAAGAAAGAAAAAUGUGAAAGUAAGAACCUAAGGGUUUGUCUUAACCUCUAUAUUGCCUUUGACAAUAUACUACUGAAUAAUCAUGUUUAAUAAUUUGGAAUGUAUUUCAAUAGUGAAGUAAAAUCAAUUGCAUAAGUGUCAGUGUUGGGGGACCUUGCCAUACGCAUGAGCUGAAAUUUAUUUUGCUCUGUUUAAUUUUUUACACAAUGAAUGUGUUUUCCAAACCAUAUGACUAGUUAACAGUGGUAAGCUGUGAAUUUUGGAUGAAGAGUUGCCAGGCAAUCCAAGCCUAUCAUAUCUGCCAGGUUUACCUGGAUAAUGUGUAAGUGAAGUAAAAAUUCUGUUGUAAAUGAUGAUUGAGGAACCCUAUUUUGUGUGCUGGGAGAACUUUUUUCCCCAUAAUGCAUGGUACUUCAUAAUGUUUAUGUGGAAAAAUGUUAGCACUAUAUGCCAAAUUACGGUACUGUUCGAACUUAUAUGGAAAACCAUAUUACUCAAAUGUCAGUUUAUUAAAAAAAUAAAAUAAAAGUUCUAACUUGAUUAUUUCCUUGGUACUCCACAUGCUGACUGAUUUAUGAUGCAGACACAAUGGGGUGUGUGUAAUCAAUUCUUUAGAUCAGUGGUUCCCAAACCUCCCCCCUAAUUACCAGUCCAUGAUUUAGGGAUUACCCAUUUGAGUCAAAGGUGGUGUGUGUUGUUUUUUUUUUUUUUUUUUUGUUUACAGGGAAAAAGACACAACUAGGUAAUCACUGAAUCCUGCACUGGUAGGGUGGGUGUGAGGUCUGGUUUUGGAACCACUGCUUGAUAUGAAUUGACAAAUAUCUGCUCACUGCAUUGAUGGGCCACUAGCAUGCAAUAUGUUUGACUUUUCUGCAUGGAGCAAAUCAUGUUCUUUAUCAAAACUUAAAAUCUCAAGACUUUUUUUUUCAGGUUACUGCAAAUACUUAACCCCCACUCAUAAACGUAUGCUUUCCUUCACAGGACACAGCUUAGGAUAUGGUUUUGUAAACUAUCUAAAUGCAAAAGAUGCUGAAAGAGCAAUAAACACACUAAAUGGACUGAGACUGCAAUCAAAAACUAUAAAGGUAAAUCUCUCUUGUAUAAUGGGUGUGAUACAGCAAUAUUAACUGUAGGCAAGAAAUAUAACUGCAUAGCCCUCUUUACUGAUAUUUUGUAUCAUUAGCUCAUUGUUGUCCUAAGUGUAAUCUAUAUCUAAGAGAUGGGGCGCACAACAAGAACAUGCAUUACAUAAUAGUAAUAAUGCUGACAUCCUAAAAUACAUGGAAAUUAGGACACACACAACUUUCAUGGCUACUGCUAGAUAGACUUGCCUUAAAAUGUCUGGUUAGUGAAACCCUUUGUUCAUAUUGUGCCAAGCCCACCUCCAAAAUGUGUCCUUAUCUAGUUUCUGUGCUAAUGCUGUGUCUUCUACUCCAUAAGAAUGUGGUACAGUUAUUUUGCUGUAGAAAAAAAUGUUGGCAACUGCAAUGGGUGUUUUAAACCUGAGAAAACGGGUUUCAAAUCUAGUCAAAGAAAACAUUGGAACAUGUUUUAUCUAUACUUGGUUUAUUCAAGUCUGGACCUCUUGCUCUUUGAUGUUGUAGGAAUAAAUAAGAUAUAGUCACUACUGUGCAACUUAGUUGUUGGUCUUUUAAAUCACAUGCCAAUCUGUUUACUCAAAGGAAACAUGAUGAAACUGAGAACUUAAGUGAACGUCUGUCUUUAGGUUGUGUUUUUUUUUUUUUCUACUUUCAACCAGCUUGGUGAAUAUAAUUUGCUGUUUAGAAAGGAUUGAUAUCUCUAGGUGAAACUGCUCAAUAUGUGUAAAAUAAAAAUUCAUGAAUGCAUUCCCUUGGGUUUUUACUUAUGUUUUUUUUUGUUUAGGUAUCAUUUGCUCGUCCAAGUUCCGAAAACAUAAAGGAUGCAAACUUGUACAUCAGUGGACUCCCAAGGACAAUGACGCAAAAGGAUGUGGAAGACAUGUUUUCAGGAUUUGGACGUAUUAUCAAUUCACGUGUCCUUGUUGAUCAGGCCACAGGUAGUCAUAAAUAUUCUUCAAAUUGUACUUAAGAUGCAUUUUACAUUUUUUUUUUUUUUUUGUCAAUAUUGUUAUAUUCUCUUACCUUUAAUCCUGUGCCAAUACUGGAAAUAUUUUUUUUAUGCAAUAUCUUCUGUCUAGCUAUUCAGUACGUUCAUAUGUAGCAAACCUGUAUUCAAGAGCCCAUGGUGUUGACUCUAGUGACCUCUGUUUAAUAUUAUCUAGUUCUAGCCUUAGAUGAGGCAAGGGAAAGAUCACUUAAAAAAAAAAAAUUCUGAACUACGACAUAAACACUUGCUUUGAGUUUGCUGGGCUUUAAACAUUGUGACUAUCAGACUUGACUUUCACUGGUUGCCCUGCAUAGUUGUAGCGUGUUGUAUUUUGAAUGUUUAUAGAUUUAUUAAUCUUUAAUACUUUGCCAUUUUUGAAUUUCCUCAACUGAAUUAUUUGUUGAGGAAAAACAGUAUACAGUUGGCUCAUGGAUGUCAUAACUCUUAGUAUUUAUACUUGAGUGUGCAGCUAUUUAUUUUGUUCCCUUUUGUAGGCUUUAUUCCUUGUGCACUGAAUGCUAGAGUUGAAAAACAAAACACACAAUUUGGCAUGAACUAGCCAUGCUGUGACUAUAGCUCCAUAUAUAAUAAUCAUAAUGGUUAUUUAAACUUGUUGCCUUUCUGGUUCACUACAGUUCUGUGUUUUGGUGAGUAAAGUCCUCAAAGUUUAAAGUAAAACACUCUGGAUGUAGCUUUUCCAAGUGUCACAAAUAUAGGUGGUGGUGGUAGUAGCAGUAUGCAUUUAACAAAGUAAGUUUACCUAUAAUUGCAUUGCGAGGAUCUGAAAGUGUUCAAUAAGGUGUUCACGUUGAAAUUGUAUUGUAAUAUUAACUGCUAAUGAUGCAUUGUACAGAGAGCUGGUUAGAAUAGCAGCCAGGUAGAUUUUAGGGGUUUAGGAUAUAUUAACCAAAAUAUUGCCCCUUUCGUUUUCAUAUCACUGUAUGGGGGUGUGUGUUUAUAAAGGAUUGUAAUUUAGUUUAAAAUACUAUAUAAAAAGUUUUUUGUUUUUUUUUGCCUCUCCCAAAGGGUUAUCACGAGGAGUUGCUUUUAUACGGUUUGAUAAGCGAUCUGAAGCAGAAGAGGCUAUAGCAAGUUUCAAUGGCCACAAACCUCCAGGUUCAUCAGAACCCAUCACCGUGAAAUUUGCUGCCAAUCCUAAUCAGAAUAAAAACAUGGCCCUCCUCUCCCAGUUGUGCCACUCUCCUGCUCGGCGUUUUGGUGGCCCAGUUCACCACCAGGCCCAAAGAUUCAGGUGAGUUCAAUCUUGGACCAUAACCAUUUCCCAGUUUAUAUUUCCUUUCAUAAAAGCUCUAAUCAGCACUUGAAAAUCCCUAAGCAACUUUCUCUAAUGUCCAAAAGCUAAUUGUCAGAAGAACUUUUAAACUGGUGGUUUCUUUAAUUCCCUUUGGUUUACACUUAUUUAUGGGCAUGUGCAAUUUGUUAUGUAAUGGUUUGCUUUACCUAUCCUGGUCUGCAAGCUGUAUCUCCAUAAUUCAUAUCUGGUAUCAAGCACUCCUCGACAUGAUGGUACAAAAGUUACAGGGAACUGAAAAUAGAUGUGCAGUCUGUGAAAUUUGUUUACAAAUACCUUUUCUUUGAAACAGGUUUUCCCCAAUGGGAGUUGAUCACAUGAGCAGUAUAUCUGGUGUAAAUGUUGCAAGCAGUGCUUCAUCUGGAUGGUGCAUCUUCAUAUAUAACCUUGGCCAGGAUGCAGAUGAAGGAAUCCUUUGGCAGAUGUUUGGGCCUUUUGGAGCUGUCACUAAUGUGAAGGUUAUCCGUGAUUUUAACACCAACAAGUGCAAAGGUUUUGGUUUUGUGACGAUGACAAACUAUGAAGAAGCUGCCAUGGCCAUUGCAAGUCUUAAUGGCUACCGUCUAGGGGACAAAACCUUACAAGUUUCCUUCAAAACCAGCAAGUCCCACAAAUAACUUGCUCUUAAAAUUUUGUAUGAAAUAGAGAAAUUAAGAUUGACAAAGUUGGGGGAAAACUCUUUAUUUUUUUUUCUCCUUUUUUUUUUUUUUUUGGUUAGUGUAAUACUCAUUUUGCGCCAAUUUUCACAAGUGUGUUUUUUGUCUUAGUCUAAAUGAAAAGUGGAAAAGGAUUUUUUAUACUCUGGGGAUGCAACUUACAUGUUCAAAUGUUUGAGAGAUCCCACCAUGUUAGACCAAUUUUAAGUUCAUUAAGUUAUUUACAUUAAUUAUUUGAAUAAAAUAUGGAUAGAUUGCAUAAAAUACCCUACGGAUGGUGAUAAGUUUAAGCAUGCAUUAAUCUUGAAGACUUUCAAAAAGUUUGCUCUGUGGGUUGUUAUAUAUUCCAGACGCUGGAAUUAACUUUUUUAAUGAAGCUGUAAAGUAUGCAGCUUAACUUUUGUAUUUUUUUUCCCCAUCUCAGACUUUAAAAGCCUGUAGAGUUACAGAGAUUAGUAUUUGUCUGCAGUUUCAAUUGCAUAGUUAACAGCAGACUUGUCAGGCUUCUCAUAGUGGAGAUCUGUAGCAGCAACAGCAUGUGUCUAUUAUAUGUGCAGUCCCAUGUAGGACAUUUGAUUAAUGACUGUGAUAACUUCCAACAUUAUAUAAGUAGCCAUUUUUUGUGAUUAAAAAUGAAAAUGGCGUAAGUGUAUGUAAUAUAUAUAUAUAUUUUUCCCUCUAACUUUGGGAAGUGUAAAUUGGCAUUACGUGAAAUGAGAUCAAGCAUUUUAGAGUUUAUGGGCUCAUGACACCAUACUUUUCUAUCCGGGUCCUAUUGUGACAUCCCAAAUGGUGUGAAUGAUGCUCUUUCUUGCAGGUUGACAAGGAAUGCCAGCUUCCUUCCCAGUCCAGAUUCUCACCUAUUGAGCAGUAUCAAUAUUGCAAUCCAAAAUCAGUUGCCCAAAACCACCUUAUCUGAACAGAUGUAAUAUUGCUGUCAUUUAUUCAGUUUGGUCCUAAAUGGGAAGUCUCUUCCUGUUUAAAAGCCACUUUUCCUGCAAGUUACAUUUUCAAACUUAAAGUUUUAAUAUUUUAUUCCCAUCAAUCCAUAUGAUCGGAAUGGACCAAAGAGUUCCAUGGAAACUCAGACAAUUCCAUAGUUAAAGUAAGGACUCCCAGAAACCUGUUCCAUGUUUCUAUUCUUAACAUAGUUAUUUUUUUCCCUUUUGUCUGUGUACGUGGUGCACUCUGUAGUGGUACAUACACUUACUGAACUAUGUAUUGUUUUUCAAAUAACAUUAAGCAUAGUUUAAAAUGAUAGGGAUUAUAACCUGUAUAAACAUUUGAGCAUUGUGCUUUUUUUCGCAUCCCUUUUUGUGACCUAGGGAUUUAUUUUUACUUUUUUUUGUUUCAUUUAUUUGUUUCUUUUAAGGAACUUUCAACAGUUUUCAAGUUAAAUAUUAACAAAAUAUCUGAUUAUAGUUAAAGUAAAACUAACGGCCCUUACAAGUUUCUACAGAAUGCCUUGAACUUUUCAGUUUUGUUCCUCUUGAUUUCUUUUGCUUUUUUGUGUUUUCAUUUUGUUUAUUUUGCAUUUAAGACCAUUAAAUUUGAUUUUUGUUUUGCUCAACUUUUUGUUUUCGUUUAUUAUUUUGUUCUUUUGUUUUGAUAUCUAUGCCUGCAAACAGAUAUAGCACAUGGGGAUCAUUCAACACUUUAGGUUAACAUUUCUGCUUCAAGUAACUUAGUUCAUCCAUAGGAACUACAGUCCUUUAUUUUAAGCUUCCUAAUUUUAAGCUAGUAACCUAAAACUUCUGUUUUCCUAAAUGUUUCCUGAAAACGUUACAACAGCU